AUGCUCUGAACCAAUCUUACUAAACAGCAUGUCAUACUGAAGCAAGCAAGCCUACAUAUAGUAGGAUCCAGAUCGUUCUGCGUCAACAACUACUCUAGGGUAAAAGAUUAUACUUCUUCGAAAGAAUUCAAGAAGAAGCCAAAGAAAAAUGUGAACCAAAUCGCUCAUGACAAAGAAGCUUCUUCAAGUUUUAAAUUACGUGAAAAUUACAAAAGCAUCAGAAAUGCUAUGGAAGGGCCCUCAUUUAAAGAAACAAAGAAAAUUCUUAAAUAUGAACAAGAUCAAAAACCUCAUUAUCCCAUUAGUAAAGAAAAGGAAGAGCAGCAUGUUCAGGAGUUUAUCAAGGCCAAAAGAGAAGCUAUUCUUUCAGAAGAAGAUUUUGAAAAGCUACACAACAGCAACCAAAGGAUCCUCAUCUGGGAGAUAGACAGACUAGUGGUGAGAUCUGUAUUCAGGUCUCUGACAUACCUAAAAAUUCUGAACCUUCUUUCAUGUCUCUACGUAAUCAAAGGAGGGAUUCUCCUUGCAACCACAGGUAUCCCAUUAUUUUUCUUGGGAGGUAUUGGUGGACUAGCAUUCUUGCAUGCUUCUCUUAGAAAUGAUAUUCGAAAAUACAGCCAAGAUACCUUAUUAGGUGUAUUUUACCUAACAGAGUCACGCCAGUUUGAGACUUUAUAUUUCUCAAAAUAAACGUACACAGGCGUUUGAAAUUGAACCAUCAGAUGUUGCUCUAACUAGCAGCUUGAAGAUUAUGAGAGAUAUCACUCAAGUUAGAGAUAAUCCAAAGAAAAAGCAGAAGUUGGAGGCUCAACUAGAACAGGCAGACUCUAUCUAUGUCGAUACGAAAAAUAAUAGGCCCUGGAGAACAGUCGAUAGAGGAACCUGGUACAACCAGCCCCUCUGGUUAUACCUCUUGACCAAAUAUAACAAAGGAGAUAUCAAGAGAAGUUUGUAGAGUUGUCAUGAGAU